AUGGGUCUAACACCUGUUCAUUUCUUCUCGCAUGGCUCGACCAUGAUGCUCGGAGAGAAAUCCGAGUCAGCCGAUUACUGGAGAAAAUGCGGAGACGAGGCAUUGGCGCAGAACAUCAAGGGCGUUGUCAUCAUGGGCGCCCACUGGGACUGCCUCGGCGACAAAAUCGAAGUCGCAACCAACCCUGAUCCCGCCAAAAGCCCCGUCGCCUACGUCCACCCAGACAAAUACGUUAACUACAAAUUAAACCCCGACCUCCCAACCGCUAAUCGAUGCAUCUCCCUCCUCGCAAAUGAGGGCUUCAACGUCUCCGCAAACCCGACCUUUGACUGGAUACAUGACGUCUACCUCAUUCUCAUCCAUAUGUUCCCCUCCGCCUGUCCCCCCACAACCAUCAUCUCGAUGAACGCGCGCUACGACCCGCACUACCAUAUGAAAAUAGGCUCCGCGCUGCGUCCCCUCCGUCGCGAGAACUUCCUACUCAUUGGCACCGGAGGCGCGGUGCAUAAUCUGUACCGCAACCGGUGGGCGCCGAUGAUGCGGUUCCGCGAUAACUUUGCGAUGGAGACGCCGCCGGAGGAGUGGGCGUUGGAGUUUCGUCAGGCGGUGGAAGAUGUGAUCACGAAGACGGCUGGGGGGCCGAAGCUGAGGAGGGCCAUGACGAGGUUGAUGAAGCAUCCGCGAUUCCGGGAUGCUCAUGCCACGGAUGAUCAUUUCAUGGCGGCGAUGUUUGUGGCGGGCGCGGUGGGCGAUUUGGAGGAUGUGGGGACCAAGGCGGUUAUGCCGGCGGAGAGCUGGGAGUUGACGAAUAUGUGUAAUUCGCAGUUUACGUUUGGGGGGUGGGAGAAGGGGAUUGUUGCUUAGUUGGUUGGCGUCAAGCUGCGGCAUGUGGUGAUGAUGGUAGGACUUAGGGCUUGGAAGGUCACUUGCUCCGAGAGUGGAUGUUUUCGGCUGCCCGCCAUGGUGUAGUAGCUUCUGCAUCUAAGUGUAACACAGCAAAUGCAAAC